UCCAUCAAGGCUACCACCAAAAACAACAAUAGGGAGAGAGAUGAGCCUGUCAUCUCACUCGGGUACUUGUCUUCAAUGAACAGCAAUGGAAAACAGGCACAUACGUUUCCAUCUCCAGAGGACCACAACUACCACCACCCGCUCGGGUCAGUUUUGUCCCCUUCAUGGACCAAAACUCGUCACCAUAACCCUCAACAGCUGACAAGCCCUCCAUUUCUUCAGUUCCCAUCAAUACCCCAAAAGAGCUUGCCCGUUAUGGCAAAGGAAUCAUCACAGCCAUGUUGCACUAAAGCCGUAAACAUUCAGAAUGCAGAGAAAAAUCCAGUUUCACCUACUGCAAAUACAGCUGGUCCUCGCAAAACUUCUCAGAAAAGAACUGCUCCUGGUCCAGUUGUGGGUUGGCUUCCGAUUCGGUCUUUUAGGAAAAAUCUUGCAAGCAGCAGCUCUUCAAAACCAGCUACCGAACCACCACACAAGGCUGCUAACGAGAAAAAAACGGCUGAACCGAGAGCCAAAUUUGUGAAAAUCAACAUGGAUGGAGUUUCCAUAGGAAGGAAAGUCGACCUCAAAGCCUAUGACUGCUACGAAAAACUGUCUGCAGCGGUUGAUGAACUAUUCAGAGGCCUACUUGCUGCUCAAAGAGAUGCCUGUGGUGGUGGAAUAGUGAAGGUGGAGGAGAAGAAAGCGAUCACGGGAUUGUUGUAUGGAAGUGGGGAAUAUACACUGGAUUACCAGGAUAACGAAGGGGACAGGAUGCUUGUUGGGGAUGUCCCAUGGCACAUGUUUGUGUCUACAGUGCAGAGGCUGCGCGUGUUGAAGAGCUCUGAAAUUUCUGUUCUUAGCCUUGGAAGCAAUAAACAAGUAAAGAAACCGGCUUGAUUGUGUCACCCAAGUUUGAAGAUAAGGGCUUUGAAUUAUGUUUGGUGUUUUGACAUUUUUUCCCCUGUUUUGCCUUAAACCUGACGCGCUCCCUGUAUAUAUAUCACUGGUUUUUUAU